AAAAAAGAGUCACGGGUAACAUCCUGGCAGGAAAGAAGGAGAAGCGACAGAGAAGAGGUAGACUGUGUCGCCGGCCUGGACAGCGCAGGCUUGAAUGGCUUUGGAUAAAGGUCAGCGUAUAGAAUGACUAAGCACCCACCAAACCGAAGAGGGAUCACGUUUGAAGUUGGAGCACAACUGGAAGCACGUGAUAGACUGAAGAAAUGGUAUGCCGCUCAUAUCGAAGAGAUAGACUAUGAAGAAGGCAAAGUGCUGAUCCAUUUUAAACGAUGGAAUCACAGAUACGAUGAAUGGUUUUGCUGGGACAGUCCAUACCUUCGUCCCUUGGAGAAGAUACAGCUAAGAAGAGAAGGCCUGGUAGAAGAGGACCCCCCUGUGGUGUUUCGUGUGAAUGAACAAGUCUUGGCUUGUUGGUCUGACUGCCGAUUCUACCCAGCAAAAAUAACAUCUGUAAACAAGGAUGGCACUUAUACUGUUAAAUUUUUUGAUGGUGUUGUUCAAACAGUCAAAAAUAUUCACGUAAAGGCCUUUUCUAAAGAUCAGGCUAAUGUGUCUCAUACAAAGCCAAAGGAGAAAACCGUAGAAAGCACUUCACCUUCUGAUAAGUACAGGGGCAAAUUUAGAGAGCAGAGGAAAUCUUCAGAAAACGCCACCAUAGAGAAAGAGAAACCUCACAGCACAGAUAAGAAGCCACCCCAGCCAGAGAAGGACAAAAAGCCAGUUGCUGCUGAAAAAACCAAGCUCCCGGAGAAGAACUUGAAAAAUGAGAAAGAGGACAAAGAAAACAUAUCUGAGACCGAGAGGGAAUCCUCCACAGAAUCGCGCACGGAGGAGAAGAGCGGUCAGAAUGACAACCUGAAAGCACCGCAUGACAACGUAGAGCGGAGGAGGAAGCGUGAACGUUCAACUUCUCUGCCAUCAUCUGAUUCUUCUUCACAGACCCUUCAACCCGUAACUUUGGAACUGCGCAGGAGAAAAAUCUCUAUUGGCUCUGAAAUUCGUCCUAAGCGGCCACGUCUGGAAAAAAAAAAAAAUGUUACUGUAGAUGUGCCUCCAAAAAAAGAAAAUGCAUCUGACAAGGAUACACCGCCUCCUGAAGAGGAGGAAGCUGAGGAGGAAAAGGAUAGCAAGCCAAGUGAGAGUCCAGAAGACCACAGUGCUAUGGAGGUUACCCCAUCUGUUGUUGAGACAACAGAACCAUCACAGGAGUGUGCUGCUUCAGAGGAACAAGAAGUGAAGACUGAGGAGUGUGCAGUGGCAGAAACUGAACCUCCUGAAGUGAAGGAGACUCCUUCAGCAGAAGAUUCAGUAGAGCCUAUCGAAACCAAUGUUGUUAAUGGUGUUCGAGAGGUCAAACUGGAGGAUGAGAAAGACCUUCCUGUACAAAAUGAUGGUCAGGAGGUCCCUCCUGUUCCUGCAGUAUCAGCUCCUAUGAAGCGGAAUCCACGGUCUGACAGUUCUGCUAAAUACAGUAGAGAACCUUUAACAAAUACUUUGAAGAAACUUGAUGAUCCAGCUACCAAAGCUGUGACCUUGGAACUGGAGCCCAACAAGUUUAAAUGCAAGAUUUUGGAUUGCUCCAAAUCUUUUCGCAAAGCCAAACUGCUGCAUUACCAUAUGAAGUAUUUCCAUGGCGUUGACAAGUCAGAGCAGGAUCAGAGUCCUGUCACCAGGCAUAUGCAGACAAGAGGCUCUUUGGCUCACGAAAAGGCCAAUCGGCAAAGCUCAAAAAGAAGACGCACCACAUCCUGUUCGCUGCAUCCUCAGCUUCAGAUCUCCCUGAGAAGUUCACCCCAUGAUGGGAGGGAUAGAUUGUGUGAAAAGAGGCGGCAUUCAAGCCCUGCCACAAACAGUUCAAAUUCCCAUCGACCAUCCCUUAAAGACAAAAGCAAGGAAAAUUUAAUCCAGAAGUCUCAUCACAAGCCUGACAAGCUGUCUGAAAGCGUUAAAGUAAAAGAGAAGUUCAAAGACUUCUUGAGUCUAAAGUCCAAGAGAAAGAAGAAGAAAAAGAAAGCAAAGUCAGAACUGUCUGGUGAAGAGAACGUGGAUGUUUCUAAGGAGCUCUCACCCAAAACCAUACAGCCUUCAAAGCUCAACAGUGAUUAUAAGGCCCCAUGUUCCACCAAAAGCAGCGAUCAAGGGUGCCUGCGAGAUACAACACUAAGUGAUGAAGAGACGCUCAGUGACUCUUGCACAGAAAGCUUACUUUGGAGUGAUGAGGACUACAAUGAAGAGAUCGACGUAACCCACGCUGAUGAUGAUAUCGAUGAAGACGAGGAGGGCAACUGUGAGAUUGUACGCUGCAUGUGUGAAGUGCAGGAGGAAAAUGAUUUCAUGAUUCAGUGUGAACAAUGCUUGUGCUGGCAGCAUGGUGUCUGCAUGGGCUUAUUAGAAGACAGCGUUCCUGAGAAAUACACAUGCUACGUUUGUCAGGAUCCUCCAGGCCAGCGUCUGAGUCUGAAGUACUGGUACGAUAAGGAUUGGUUAAAUGAGGGUCAUAUGCCUGGCUUGUCCUUUUUAGAAGAAAACUAUUCUCAUCAGAAUGCAAAGAAAAUUGUGGCCACCCACCAGCUCUUGGGAGAUGUGCAGCGAGUAAUCGAGGUUUUGCACGGUUUGCAACUGAAAAUGAGUAUAUUGCAGAGCAAAGAGCACCCGGAUCUGAAGUUUUGGGGCCAGCCCUGGAAGCAGCAUGUGGUGAGCGAUAAAUGUUACAUCCGACGAAACGUGGAGGAGAACUCGUGUAAAGAAGAUUCCACGAAUUACAGGACUUACAAUGGUGCCGCAGAUAAGCCUUCCCCCAUUCCUUCUGUAGAGGAAUCUUAUAUCACCAGCGAGCACUGUUAUCAAAAACCUCGGACCUAUUAUCCUGCAGUAGAGCAGAGACUAGUUGUAGAAACAAGGAGCUCAUCCUUGGACGGAGGUGUGGACCGGAUACGGCAGAGCAGGGAAGACUCCAUAGCAGAAAGACUUGGGUGGGAACUGGACAGAGAACUAUUGAAAUCAGAGAGCGAAUCUAAACAUAAUUACUGUAAGGUUAGGGAAUGCUUAUCGAAGAGGAAUCCACCUCAAGAAUCGCCUCACACACAGCCCAUGGACAAUGGAGAUGCUACGGUCAGUUCGCAGCUGCAGUGGCAGCUCAACCUUCUCUCUCAUCUGGAAUCACUGCAGGAUGAAGUCACGCACAGAAUGGAUCUAAUAGAGAAAGAACUUGAUGUCCUAGAGAGCUUCUUGGACUACACUGGGGAAUUGGAGCCCCCAGAACCCCUCGCACGACUUCCUCAGCUGAAACACCGGAUCAAGCAGCUUCUUAUGGACCUUGGCAAAGUGGAGCAAAUUGCUCUUUGUUCAACAUAAAAAGACUGGAGCUAGAAAAUGAAACGGCUCCCAAAAAAACCAAGGAAACGAGGCCUCCGGCACUGCAGAGCCUUGAGUAGCAUGCGGACUGCAUGUGCUGUGGACACACUGCUGCGGGAAUGGAGGCUAUAAAUUGCUCUCAACAUGGAAUGAGCAAUAUGUGAAUACUGACUGAUAACAGGCUAGAAUCGUACUCGAAUGUAGUAAUGAGGCUUGUAUCGUUUGUGGGUUUUUUCUUUCUUUUCUUUUUUCCCCCCUUUGCUGUAA